GGAGGCAGAGUUGAACGCCUUCAGCUGGGAAUGAAGGGAUUGGAGAGCGGGCUGUUUCCCCGGGAAAUGCGCUCCGUCAGCGGACGGACGCGUUUGCUCACAGCCCAAGGUCGAAGUCAGCCUGGAAAAUCGUGCGCUGGACCCCGAGAAUUCAGCACCAGCUGGUGAACAGCGACGGGGAGGAGGAGUGGGGCGGGGGGACUUCAUUUUAUUUUUCUCAAUAGCACGGCAACGCCUCCGCGCUUGAAAUUUCCAGGAAACUGUCACUGAAGAAAUCAAAACAUGAAAAUUCAGAUCCCUUUGCUGGCUCUUAUUUAUUUCUCGGUCUGUGAAAGUUUGAAGACUGUAUCUAAGAGAAAUUUGGUUGAUGUUUGUAUCGACUGGUCUGUGGAUCUCAAGAAGUACAUGGUACUGGCAGGUGAACCUGUACGUGUAAAAUGUGCACUCUUCUAUGGAUACAUUAGGACUAACUACAGCAUGGCACAGAAUUCAGGGCUCAGCCUAAUGUGGUAUAAAAAUAAUGGACAAGGAGAUUCUGAAGAGCCAAUUAUAUUCGCUGGACGCAGAAUAAGCAAGGAGGAGGAUUCCAUUUGGUUCCAUUCAGCAGAGUUACAAGAUAAUGGAUUCUACACUUGUGUUUUAAGAAACUCAACGUAUUGUAUGAAGGUGACAAUGUCCUUGACAGUGGCAGAAAAUGACUCAGGACUUUGCUACAACAGUAUGAUUCGAAAUUUGGAGAAAGCUGAAAUUACUAAAAGCAAAGAAAUCCACUGCCCAGAUAUUGAAGACUUCAUCACAGAACACCAAGAUCUUGAUAUUGUUUGGUACAAGGAAUGUUUACCUAAAUCAUGGAGAAGUUCAAUUUUGCAGAAGAGAAACACUCUUGUUAUCCAAGAGGUUCAGGAGGACGAUUUGGGGAAUUACACCUGUGAAUUGAAAUACAAAAACAAGCUGGUGCGAAGAACAACUGAAUUAAUAAUUACAGCUGUACUCACUGACAAGCUACCUCAGCUUCUACUCCCUCCUGAAAACCAACAAAAUACGCUUGACGUCCAACUGGGCCGUCCAGCCAGUUUGGUCUGCAGGGCAUUCUUUGGGUACAGCUCAGUAAACCCAAUGAUAUACUGGAUGAAAGGUGAAAAAUACAUGGAGGAGCUGGAAGACAGUCAGGUUAAGGAGAGUGAUAUCAGAAUUAUAAGUGAACACCUCGGGGAGAAGGAAGUGGAAUUAUCGCUGCUAUUUGAUUGGGUUAAAGAGACGGACCUGGGGAAUUAUACCUGCAUUGUCGAGAAUCGGAUUGGACGCACACAAACCAGCAUUCUUCUCCAGAGAAAAGAUUUAAUGUACAGAGUCGAACUUGCAGGUGGCCUUGGAGCCAUCCUGCUUUUGAUCACUUGUCUAGUAACUGUGUACAAGUGCUACAACAUUGAAAUGAUGCUGUUUUACCGGAGCCAUUUUGGAAGUGAUGAAACUGAAGAUGAAAAUAAAGAAUAUGAUGCAUAUCUGUCAUAUACCAAAAUUGACCCUGCAUCACUCACCCAGGAAAACAGGGAAGAAGAGCAAUUUGCUUUGGAAAUAUUGCCAGAUGUCUUGGAGAAGCACUAUGGAUACAAACUAUUCAUUCCUGACAGGGAUCUAAUGCCGAGUGGAACCUACAUCGAAGAUUUAACAAGGUCCGUUGAUCAAAGUCGGAGACUGAUAAUCGUGUUGACGCCGGACUACGUUUUAAGGCGUGGGUGGAGCAUUUUUCAGCUGGAAAACAGGCUGCAUAACAUGCUGGCGACCGGAGAAAUCAAGGUUAUUUUGAUCGAAUGCCCCGAAGUAGAAGGAAUAAUUAACUACCAUGAAAUUGAAGCCUUAAAAGACACUAUAAAACUUUUAUCUGUCAUCAAGUGGUGUGGCCCAAAAUGUAACAAACUUAAUUCCAAGUUCUGGAAGAAGAUUCAGUAUGAGAUGCCCAUCAAGAAAAAGGAACCAGUUGCUCGAGGCCAGAUUCUAGAUGCAGGUGAACAGGGUAUUUUUGGAGAACUGCAGACUGUCUCAACUGUUUCGAUGGCAGCAAACUCUGCCACAGUCACAUCCUCCCAACCAGAGGUCCCGCCAAACUUUCACAAAGCAGAUCAUAUGCAAUUGAGGCACUACUGCCGAACUUAUGAGUAUGACAUUUCGCCCACUGCAGUGCCCAUUACCUCGAUAAGCAAUCAACACACUUACUGCAAUAUUCCAAUGACCCUCAUCAACGGACAGGCACCACAGAUCAUUAUCACUAGAGACCCGUCCCUUCGGGACUGUCCAGUUAGCAACGAGCGUCUGCCAAUGUCACGAGAGAUUGGCAUCACAAGUGAUAUCUGGUAGGGAUUUGGGCAAUAUCCCCACUUCCUUCUGCAUUUUGAUCCAAGCUGUGUAAACGCUUGCAAAAAAAAAUAAGCAAAAGAACACCAAUCUAAAACUAACUCACAAGCCACAGAGAGUCUGCUGUGUUGCAAUAUUGUAGAACAUCUUUUAGACAUUGUACAUGUCAGCUUGUAUAUUUUAAGGAGUCUGUCAGCACUUGUUAUAGAAUGGCUUUGACCUUCUUCUGCCCAAACUUGCCAAAUCGGAAUCAAAUAUUUGUUGUUUUGAAUAGGCUACUCUGUCUUUGAAAUAAGCAGAAUGGCUGCAUUUCUAUUAAGUGAAAUUUGGAACUCUCUCCUUGGUCAGGCUAUGAGGUCGAUUGUACAUUUCAAAUUUGAGAUUGAUGCUUUUUUUUUCAUUAGGCCUGGGUUAUGGAGCCAAGAUGGAUAGAUGGAUACAGAUCAGUCAUGAUCUAACUGAAUAGCAGGACAGGCUCAAGAGGCUGAAUGGCCUCCUCCUGUUGCCGUGUUCCCUGUCAUUCAGUGUCCACUGGACAUACGUUGUUAGAAAAGUGACCACACCAGAAAUUCACUUCCGUUUUGCAUUCAGCCAAGCAUAUGCUUCACAGAUGGUGAGAAAAUGCUGAUUUCAAUGGGAAAGGCCUUGCUUAUGAUGCAUGCAAGGACUUCGAUCUGCUGUGAACUCUGACCAGAAUCAAAAGAAAAAUGCAGAUAAGUCACAAACCUGGAAUUUGUUGAGACAAGGAACUGUUGAGAUGAGCAGUGAUUAAAUAUAGUCCACAGGAAUCAGCUGCUUUUGGAACUGGCAGCCUCUUAUAGCCAGACUGAGAUCCCUUGCACAAGUACCAGAUGAUUUCCACCAAAUGUUCUAUGUCCUGCUUUCUCCUGGGCUUGCUUUCAUUCACCAUGGAGUGAGGUUAACAGCCUGGUAAUCUCAGCACUCAGCAGUUAACUCACUACACUUUGAGAGGCAAGGAUUGGUAUAGUUUGUGAUUUUCUUUCUUUUCUGAUUUAACUUCAUUAUUGCCAGUAAGCUUUAGCAUGGUGUUAGUAUUCUUUUAUUUGCCAUAAAAGAUAAACUCCAUGCUGCUCCUCGACAUUGAAAGUAAAAAUGAGGGUGGUCAGAUGUAAAAGAAUGUGUCUGCACUGGGAAUGUAAUAUUGAUAGUUCACAUUUGUGGAAUAAAAUGUGAUUUUUGUAGGCACAUCAACAGACAACCUGUUAUGAAGUGUAUUCAUACUUGCAAGAAAUCUAUUUGUGUUGUAUCAAUAACUUUGUUUUUAAAAAAUAAGCACAUUGAAUGCAAAGAAAUUUCCCCCCUCACUGCAAAAUGCAACGUUUAGUUCAAGUCAGUGAUACAUCCACAUAAUUAUACUUAGGCCAGUGAGUUUGGACCAGUGAUCUUUUGAACUUCUUCAUGUGUUACAUCAAGGAAAUGACUAGCAGAGCUACUGACGGGAGAUGAGUUAAUUUAUAUGUAAUGAGAGAUGACUGCAUCUUGAUCAAUUUAUCUAUUGUCUUAGAGAAGGCCCAGUUUUAAAAUAAUGCAUGUUUCAAACUUUUAACAGGAUUUUACAGCUGGGUUGCACAGUGGGUUGAUGAAUAAGUUUGGCCACCAGUUGGCCAGAGGUACCUAUUUAGAGAACUCCAUAGUCAUAAUGUCUACUGCUACGAUAACAUGCAGGCUGUGAAGGUAAGAUGCAACUGCUGCCUGCCCUGUGAAGUAAAAUUUGGUUGUUUAAAGCUCGCACGAGAAAACAUUUUAAUUCAUCGGGAUGUGGGCAUCACUGACAAGGUCAACAUUUUUGCCAUCCUUGGGAAGGUGGUGGUGAGCUGAGUGACAAACUUAUUAUAUUACUGCAGCUUCUGAACAUAAGAACAAACAGACCAGCUAAUGAACACCUUUUUAGAACACAUUUAUUCCUGGGGUUAGACAUAAGGUAAGUGUGUUUUGAAAAUUUCCUUUCAGUUCCUACGUUUGGUCAAAUGGAUGUUAAUAAAAUAUGGCUUUCCCUUGAAAUCAACAUUGUUAGAAAUGUAUAAACAAAGGAAGUCUUGCAUUUAUUUUGUGCCUUUUAUAACCUUGGCAUGUCCAAAAACACUUUACAAAUCCUGAAGGACGUUAGAGGUGCAAUCAGUGUAUUGAUAUAGGUAAUGUACACGCAUCAAUCUCUCAGAAACAGCAAUGAGAUGGCAGCCCAUUCGACUAAUUUUGUCAUGACGAUUAAGGGCUAAAUAUUUCCCAAGAUAUCAAGGACAAUUCCUCUGUUCUUUUUCAAAAUAGUGCUAUGAAUUUUCUACGUCCAUCUGAGAGGGAAAGUGGGGUCUCACCUGAAAGACAGUACCGUUGAUAGUACAGCACUUCCAUAGUAUAGCACUGGUGCAUGUAAACUCACAUCUAAGCAUAGUUUGUUCACACUACCACAGAUACAAACAAAUAUUUGGCCUGUUCGGAAUUUGUUUUUGAACUCACCUUACAUGCACAGAUACUGCACUUUUGUGGAAGACCUGGCCCUUCAAUGGAUUUGUGCUAUACACAUGGGUUGAAUGAGCGAUCUAAGACCUCAGAGAUUCACAAAGUUUGGUAUCCUCCUCUUAACUAUUUCUUGACCGUCCAGAGUGUUGCAAGAAGCCAGAAAGACAUCUUGACAUGUCACUGUGUGUGUUCAAUUCAGGGACAAUGUGUGAGAACCAAGAACUUUAACAACUGGUAAUUAGAAACCAUGGAUGAUUUUAUUGCCCACCCAACAGUGGCAGGGAAGAUGAUGAAAUAAUGUAUAGUUUGGCAGCAGAGUGACACCGGCCCCCCUUCCCACAUCUUCUGUCAUCAAUAAAGAUUUGGGCUAGAUGGUAAAUGUACCAGCUUCACAACCCUCCUGUAAUUGAAGCCCUGAAAUGGUCAAUUAAUGACCACUUAAGGGCCUCCACUAACCAUCAGCUUUCCUGGAAGGCCCUACAUUCUUGAGGGGAAACCAGAGGAGCCCGCUUACCAGUUCCAGGGGCAUGAAUAGAGGGCAGAGGGGCGGCUGUUGAAACUCAUCUGCCCCGCCCUUGCGUCCGAAUCCCACUCCUCCCAAACAAAAAGCACUCACCUUCUCGGUCUUCGCAGCAGUACACCCAAGACUCCCAUGGAGUUAGUGCAUUCUCAGUGGCUGCCCACCUCUGAUUGGCAAGCAGCUGUAGACUGGAUAAGAUUUCUGUGCUAAGGCACCUGAUAGGAUGAGUAACUCAGCCAACAGCAUAAAAAUGCUCAUUUGAUCUUGCGGGGUUUUUUUUAGCUGGUCGGGUGGCUGGGGUUUAAAGUUAAAGAUGUUUGUCUUUGCACUUCAUGCAAAAAGUAUUAAAUCUCAACCCAUAUGUUUGCUUUAAGUUUCACAAUAAAUGUCUGCACCAUUCUCCAAACUGAGCAUUUUAUGUACCUCACUGAGUUUUAACAAUUUGUUCCAUGAAUAAAACAAAUAUAAAUAUUUAUCUUGACAGGACUUUACCCACGUGCAGGUCAUGAGGAGAUGGUAAGUUAGUGGUAAUAUCACUGGUCUAGAAAUCCGUAAAUUCAGGCUAAUAUCCUAGGGAAGUGGGUUUGAUUCCUAUCAUGGUAGAUGGUGAAAUUUGAAAUGUAAGAAUUUGUAAUUGAAUGUAACUAUGUGAUUAUUAAAAAUCUGGUUCACUAACCCCCUUUAUGGAAAAAGAAUUCUUUACCUUGUUUGGCUCACUCGCAUCUCCAGACCCCUCAGUAUUGUGGCCAACUCUGAACUUGCCUCUCAAAUAGCCCUUUCGGAAAGCUAUUCAAUUAAAGGGGCAAUUAGGGACUGGAAAUAAAAGCAGGCCCAGCCAGCAACACCAACAUCCAGUGAACAAAUUAUUUAAAAAUUAUGCUUCAGCGCUAUCCAUUUUACAACUAAUGAAUGGUAGGACUAAAUCAUAACUUUGCAACAAUCAUUGCAUUUUUUUAACAUGAAUUUGUUUUAGAUUAAAAUUGGUGACUGUAAAUCUGCUGACUCUUGCUGUGACAGACACCUUUUAUUUUCACAAAUAAAGUCAAUGUCUGAUGAAUGUUGGGUAAGUCAGGGUUAACCAAAGAGAACUGCUUUCAUUAUAUGCAUUCAGAAAGGUUCAUUUCCAUUGCUUUAACUCGUGGAGGAUUCGGAUCACUUUGAAGUGUACAUCACAGCAACAGGAAUAAUCACAAUCUGCUACUCCUUGCUCAAAUAAUAUUUCAAGCAGUAUAGCACCACUUAUUCA